CCUAUCCCUCUCCUGAGUCCCUACCAGAUGGGGCCGUUCAGGUUCUCGCACAGGAUCGUGCUGUCGCCGAUGACGAGGUCGAGAUCAUACGGUAACCUCCCGCAGCCGCACGUCGUGGAGUACUACGCGCAGCGGGCGACGGAGGGCGGGCUCCUCAUCGCGGAGGCCACGAUCGUCUCGCCGGACUCGCGGGGGAUGGGCCUCAUCCCGCAUACCCCUGGGAUCUGGACCAAGGAGCAGGUUCAGGCGUGGAAGCCCGUCGUGGACGCCGUGCACGCCAAGGGCGCCACUUUCUUCUGCCAGAUUUGGCAUGUCGGAAGAGCCUCUGAUACGGAGGAACGGCCCAUCUCAAGCACAGAUAAGCCGGUAGAGAAGAACGAAGAGAACUACUUCAUGGAUUUCUCAACCCCAAGGCCCCUGACCGUGGAGGAGAUCCCUGGUGUCAUCAACCAUUUCAGAAUCACCGCCAAAAAUGCCAUGGAAACCGGAUUCGAUGGGGUGGAGGUGCACGCCGCCAACGGAUACCUCCUGGACCAGUUCAUGAAGGACGGCGUCAACGACCGCGCCGACGAGUACGGCGGCACCCUGUCCAAGCGCUGCCGCUUCGCCCUGGAGGUGGUCGACGCCGUGGUGGACGAGGUCGGGCCCGACCACGUCGGCGUGCGCCUCUCGCCCUACUCCACGUGGCUCAGCUGCCGCGACUCGGACCCGGACGCGCUGGCCGCGCACAUGUCCCGGGAGCUCAGCCGCCGCGACGUCCUGUACCUCAACGUCGUGGAGCCGGAGAUGGCGUUCGCGGAGGACGCCGACGGCGGCGAGGCGCGGCGGGUCAUCCCGCACAGGCUGCAUGGGAUGAGGGAGGCCUUCGAGGGGACGCUAAUGGUCGGCGGAGGGUACGACAGGAAGGAAGGGAACUGGGCCGUCGCCCAAGGGUACGCCGACAUGGUCGUCUACGGCCGGCUCUUCUUGGCCAACCCCGACCUGCCGGAGAGGUUCAGGCGGGACGCGCCGCUGAACAAGUACCAUCGCCCCACGUUCUACACCGACGACCCCGUCGUCGGAUACACGGAUUACCCGUUUCUUCACGAUGGUGGCGACAAGGUGAUCCGCGAGGAGAAUGGCGUGAUUUAAUUAGCAUUUAGCAAGAUGCAUGGAGAACACCUGAAUGAACUGCAUGCCAUCGUCGCAUGGCCUCCUUCACUGACUCUUCUGUGGAUUCGCUUUGGUUCGAGAGCGCGUCUAGGAGAACGCUUUGUUGUGCACUUUGCUUAAUAAUAAUCUCCAUGCAAAAGGCCAAACUAGA